UUUCAACUAACAAGCCACAAAAUAGAGCGUACAUAAGCUCACCACCAUUCAUCUGCCUUCACAACCACCCGCCCUCCACAAUCUCUCAUCACCAACUCGGCUACAGAUAACCUUUUCAAUUUUCUUUAGCGCUCUUCAAUUUCCAUGGCCAAAAUCAAGCGAAUCUGUACUUUUCUGCUCAGGCUCAUUGCCUUUGGAACUACACUAGCAGCAGCAAUUGUUAUGGCUACUAGCCAUGAGACCACUUCUUUAUUUGCUGUGUCAUUUGAAGCUAAGUACACUUACACCCCUGCCUUCAAGUACUUCGUGAUUGCAAAUGCAAUUGCCAGCGUCUAUGGGUUUUUGGUCCUCUUUCUUCCUUCAGAUAGCCUUCUCUGGCGAUUAGUCGUUGCCAUGGAUGCGGUAUUGGCAAUGUUGUUGACUUCAAGCAUUUCAGCGGCCUUGGCGAUUGCUCAAGUGGGGAAGAAAGGGAAUUCUCAUGCAGGUUGGUUACCAAUCUGUGGGCAAGUUUCCAAGUACUGUAACCAAGUGACGGGAGCAUUAGCUGCUGGAUUCGUUGGAAUCAUAACCUAUGCAAUUCUCCUUCUCUAUGCUGUUCACACUGUCCUUAAUCCUCUUCUUGUUCAAAAAACCUAGACAAUUAAGCUCGUCAAUAAGCUCUCUCCAGGCUUCUUAUGAUCUUGGAUUACUACUACUAAUGUCAUUUUUUUGUGUUAAUAAAAUCUGUUCUACA